AUGCUGUGUUCAUCCUUCUUUAAGGCUGCAUCACUUUCAGCUACACUUGACGCCCAUUCUUUCUUACCGAUCCCUUUUCUUAAUCUUUAUCUGUCUCUUUAUCUGAGCUCUACUCUCUUUCAAGUUUUUCUUUUUCAGUCACUGAUCUGUGUUCAUUCUCUUUACUUUUGCACUCAUUCACCUGCUGCUCCUCUCUCUCUCUCUCUCUCUUUAUCCCCUACUCUUUCUUUCUUCCUCUCUUUCUUUUCAUUAUUGAUCACUUAUAUUUGUUUUCAUUCUAUUUAUUUCCGUACCUUCUUACUCGCUGCCUCUUCCUUUCCUGACCUACCGUUUCUCCCCCCUCUCUCUCUCUCUCAUUCUUUCUUUCUUUCUUUCUUUAUCUGUUACAUAUUUCUCUUUUCCUUCUAUUUGGUUUUAUACUCUCUAACUACUUCCUCUAUCUCUCUCUUUCUUUCUUUCCCUCUCUCUCUCUCUCUCUCUCUCUCUCUCUCUCUCUCAAUCUCUUUUUUUCUUUAUAAAAUACUAUUCCCAAUUCUCCUUUUCUUUAAUUUCGUACCCACCCUCUCUCUCUCUCUCACCCUCUCUAUCUCCCCAUCUCUCUCUCUCUCUCUCUCUCUUUCUGGUAGUCAUUGUUUCUCGGUUACUUAUUUCCAUUUUCCUACAUUUUACAUUCGUACUCUCUUACCAACUCUAUCUCUUUUUCGUACACUUUCAUUCGGCUGUACUAUCUCUGUCUUUCUUUCUCUCUCUUUCUUUCUGUCUCUUCCUUCCUUUCUUUCUUUCUUUCUCUCUUUCUCUCUCUCUCCCUCUCUCUCUCUCUCCCUCUGUUACUUACCUCCCUUUCUCUUAUUUUCACUUUCAUACUCUCUCACGUCCUGCUUCUCACUUUUCUCUCUUCAUUUCUUUCUCGGUCACUACGUGUAUGGGAAUGUUUAUCUCUCUCUCUCUCUCUCUCUCUCUCUCUCUCUCUCUCUCUCUCUCUUUGACGCCUCUUUCCUGUUGCCCUCUCUCUCGCUCCCUCAGACUUUCUUUUUCAGUCACCUCUCUUUUCCUUAUCUUUACUUUCAUACUUCUCUCUUACGCCAUGCUUCUAUCUCUUUCUACCUUUCUCGCUCGCUCGCUUUCUUUUUUUCUUUCUUUCUAGGUCACAUUUCUAUUUUCCUUCUCUUUACUUGUAUACAGUCUAACCUGAUUCUCCUCUCUCUCUCUCUCUCUCUCUCUCUCUCUCUCUGUCUUUCUGUCUCAGUCACACAUCUCUCUUACCAGCUGUGUAUAUAA